UUUCCUGGGUUCAACACUGCACUGACAGCAUUACCCCCUUAUUCUCUAUCUCAGUAGGGUUUUGCAUUCCCUUUAGUGUGACAUCCACGGGUAUGUAAAGCUCCACUCUCUUACUAGGUUUAAAGCAUUAGACAAAGGAUGCCAAGAGUCCACAAACCUACAGUACGUAAACCUGGAGAAUUCUUGUGGGCCAGUGCUGAUAGUGGGAAUGCUUGAGAAAGAGUGAAGAAGACCAGCAGGGACAAAGUGCAGGAUUAUGCCCGAGGCAAUGAUAACAGUAAUAUUGAUCUAUUUUAUGAUGCAAACCGCUGGAGCCUUGCUGCUCGGUACGACAUGUUGGGAUGAGCACCUCUUGCAAGCAGGGAGCAACAGCAGCUGUACGGCUUCACAGCCUUUCCUGAUAUUUGGCCAUGGUAAAGCUAUUCAUCGGAUGGGCCUUAAUGGCAAGAAUCACAGAAGGCUUGUGCCUGGCGUCGGAAGCUCUAUCCUGCUUGACUUUCAUUUCAAAGAACAGAGAGUUUACUGGGUUGACAGGCACACUGGGGUCAUCUACAAAGCAUCUGUGAAAGGAGCACACAAACAGAAACUGUAUUCAUAUGACAAACACAUCUCUGGCCUCGCAGUGGACUGGAUUUGGAACAGCGUAUACUGGACAAGUGGAGAAAAGGGGGAAGUAAAGAGAAUCGAUAUAAAUGGGAAGAAACAGAGGACUCUUUUAAGACACUUGACCCAGCCCAAUUCUAUAACCGUUGACCCCUCUAAUAGGUUUCUGUUUUGGUUAUCUGGGGGGAUGUCUCCAAGUAUCCAAAGGUCUGAUGUCACAGGACAGAUGAAAAUGACACUAAUUAAUAUAACUGAACAACUGAGAGCACUGUCGAUUGACCGAGUAGACAAAAGACUGUUCUGGGUUCAGUUUGGGCCACAAGGAGAAAGUGCCAUUGCCUCUUGUGAUUACAAUGGGAACGCCCUACACACCAUGAAUCUUCCACUUCAGUCUCAUUCAGUUGGAAUAUCUGUUUUUCUGGAGCACAUAUACUACACCGAUUCUGAGUCUCGGGUAAUAAAACAAGUAAACAAGUACACUGGUGGAGAGCCACGUGUUGUUAACAUAAAACAAAUGAGUAAACCUCCAGUUGAUAUCAAGAUCGUGCAUCCACUUAAUCAGCCAACAGCAGACCCGCUAUCACCAUUUCCAGGUUGUGAUGACCAAGGUGGCAACUGUGUUAACGUCUGUUCCAGUUUGGCAGACCAAGGCGUUUGUCAGUGCAGUGAAGGUUUUGUUCUCAGUAUGGAAGGCACUUACUGUAAAGAUGUAAAUGAAUGUGCCCACUGGAACCAUGGCUGCUCACUUGGUUGUGAGAACAUUCCUGGAUCUUAUUUCUGUACCUGUCCUAAAGGAUAUGCCCUCUUACCAGACAGGAAAACAUGCCAAGAAAUCAUACCAUGUGAAAGGAAUAUGACAAAGUGUGGCAAUGGGUGCCUGUCAACAGGAAAUGGUGCUGUCUGUGUUUGCCCUGAGGGAUCUAUACUACAGGAGGAUGGACAAACAUGUACUGGCUGUUCAUCUGCAGAUAGAGGAGGGUGCAGUCAGCUCUGCAACCCUGUCACCCCUGUAAGCUGGGAGUGUGGCUGUCUGCCUGGCUACCAGCUCCACCAAGAUGGCAAGCACUGCAUUGCAACCGGGACCCAUCCUGUGGUGGAAUGUUCCUCCCUGGAAGGGAGAGACCGUGCCGUCAUUGCUAGGACCAACCUUGUGUCGCCCACUGGCCUGACAAUUGACUUCACAGAGGACCGAGUAUUCUGGUGCGAUCAGAGGAAAGGCACAAUAGAGACUGCUGCCCUGGAUGGUUCAGAUCGACGAGUCCUGUCAAAGAACCAAGUAGGCCAACCUUUUGAUCUCGCACUAUUUGAAGACAGGCUCUGGAUAUCUGAUCAGGAACGCCACCAGCUGACCAGUGUGCAUAAGCGGACUGGGAAAAAAUUGCAAUGGAUCCGAGGGAGCAUGGUGCAACCAGCAUCUAUUGUUGUAGUUCAUCCCCUUGCUAAGCCAGGGGCAGAUAUGUGCCUUCACCUGAAUGGAGGUUGUUCCCAAGUGUGUGAAAGCAAGGUGGGUUUUGCCCACUGCUCUUGUUCCUCACACUAUAUCCUAUCAGCUGAUGGAAAAACUUGCUUGUCUGUUGGCACUUCAAAUGGAACAGCAGAAUAUGGAAACAGUGGAUCAGUUGAUUUAACACCUCUGAAAAACAAAACAUUUAAUACUGCGAGCUUGCCACUGACAACUGAUGAAGAGGAGACUGAUUUUAAAUCAGAUGUAAGCAGCCAGCCGACUUUCUUCACCGACAAAAUGAUUUCAGACCAGAAUGAGUGCUACUCACUCCGCUGUGAUGUGAAUGCACAAUGCCUGCUGAAUUCUGGUCACCCGAACUGUUUAUGUCAAGAAGGUUUCACAGGUGAUGGACAGUUAUGUGUGGAUAUUGAUGAAUGUAACCUGGGAAUCCACAACUGUGACAAAAAUGAAGAAUGUCAAAACACUGCAGGGAAGUAUUACUGCAAGUGCCUGGCUGGAUACUACAGCGAUGGGCAGACAUGUCAAGAGUUGGAGUCCACAUCACCAUGGGUGACACCUGGUACCUCUGCUGAUGUUACCACCAAACGCCACAACGGAAAUGCAGAGAGUUGUCCUGCAGCCUAUGAGACCUACUGUCUGUACCAUGGUGUUUGCUUCUACUUUCCUGAAUUGGACUCUUAUGCCUGCAAUUGUGUAUCAGGCUACAUGGGGGAACGAUGUCAGUUCAGUGACCUGGAAUGGUUGGAGCUUCAGCGGGCAGAAAAGGAGAAGAAGAGGAACGUGGUCAUUACAGCCUGCAUGGUGGUCCUCGUUUCCUUGCUCUCUAUCACAGCCUGUGUCACCUACUGCUAUGGAACGAGAAAACGCUUCCGCAAACAGCCAUCAGUGGAUAACGUGAGUGAGACCAGCAUGACGGAUGAGAGCAUGUCAGAGACAACCACGACCACUGUUCCUCGGUUCUACAUUGUGGCAGAAAAUGGUGUUGAAGGGAAGGUAAUUCCUGCCACGGGCUGUCCAAGGAGAGCUGUGUGUACAUCCUGCUCUUCAGAAACAGGUGCCAAUUCUGAAAGUGAUGAAUCAGGAAAACUGUCCCAGCACAACAAAGGUUACGAGUGUUCCAUGGUGUCUGCUGUUGCCACUGGAACAAUGCAACCCACUGUGCACCUCUCAAGUCCAUCACUGUCAAGCUGUACAUCUUUUAAACCAACAACGUUACCCCAGACUUCAGGCCCAGAGUCAUGGCUCAAUGGAAACAGCGUACAAUCAGCUCCCAUCACUGUCAUCAUUCUUCUUUGA